CGAGUCGAUGUAGCCUGUUGUAAACAGUUUUCUAACAGGCCCGAUAAUGUCUGCAGGUAUUUUGGAUGCAUUACAAAUCCUUACGAAACCAGUCGGCGAAGCCUGCGCCGAAGCUACACGGUGCACUCAAAGUGGGGCUUUGGUGGCGGCCCUGCGUUCCAACCUGGCCGAGUUGGAACAGCGCUUGCGGGGCGAGCCCAGGCUGAAGGAGGUGCCCGGGUUCCAGCAUCGGGUGCGACAGGAUCUGGAAUGGUGUGGAAAUUCGAAGGAUCCUACCUGGGCCUUUGUGCAGGAAUGCCUGGUGCUCUUGCUUGCUCUGACACGUCACUUGACGCAUCUCCUGGAGUCUUUCCGCUCAGAGCGAGACCCAUCGCAGCCCUGCACUCCCGAGGCUGCCCCGCCGCUGCCCCCAGACGUUCUGAGUGUGGCCCAGCAAAAGACGGUCAGCGCUGCGCUUCAGUUUGUGGUCACGCUAGGCCUCUGUCCUUACCUCUCACCGGGGGUGGGCAUAGCGCUGGAGUGCAGGUCAACAUUUGGUGCAGCGGUAGCGGCGGCGGUGGACCGAAAUGUGGCCCCUCCCCCAGACCGACGGCUCUUGACCACAACCUUUGCUAUGCUGGAGAUCUCCGAAGCAUCGUCUGUGGCCACCUUGGUCCUCACACGACAUUUGGGUGACAUCCUGGCUGGACUUUGUCAGUUGGGGUACUGCCCAGAACAUCCUGAGGAGGGCAGAGCUGAACACAGUAAGGUUGUUAGUAUGGAGGAACGCACUGAGUGCAGGAAAGCCCUGCAAAGCCUGCUGGGAAAGGUCUACCAGCCAAUUGUCAUCAAGGAGCUUCUGAUUCUUCAAGGAGGUCCCAAGCAGGCUCGCGGACCCCCUGCUGGGGUAGCGCCUCCCCGGACUCCCCUGGCCCACGCACCCCCCUGGCUACGACGGCUUUGUGGCCAGCUGCUGUCAGAGAGACUAAUGCAGCCUAACGGCGUCCAGGCCGUAGUGAGAGCCAUCCUCGAAGGAGCAGGAGGGAGUGCUGGGGUGCAGGCAGCAGCCUCAGAUUGGAAGAAGUGCGAUGCAGUGGCCAGAAUCCUGGCAGUGUGUCCCCAGCAGUCCCUCUCAGUUGAGAGCUACUACAGCCAGGUGUGCCCACAGGUCCUUGACUUGCUGCACUUCCGAGACAAGCUGACGGCCCUGCAGUUCCAGCGCGUGGCCACCUGUGCGGCAUUCACCAUGGUGCAGAAACAACCUGAACUUGGGCGCCGCUACCUGCUUGCUCCCCUCUUCGCCCCUUUGGUCCGCUGCAGGGACUCAGCGGAAGGCCAGGACCCAUCAUCGGUGCAGGAAUGGGAACUGACACGCUGCGUCGAGGACAUGUACAAGGUCUGUGUGGUGGGGAACAGCUCGUGUCCCGCUCUGCUGACGUCCCUGGAGGACAUCCUCCCCGUCCUUUUCUCGCUGUACUGCUUCACAAAGCGGAAUGUCUCUCAUCUACGCACCCCCUGCCAGGAGAUCCUGCUGUGGUACCUGUCGCACGCUGAGUCGCCAGAAGCUUUGCGCUCCCUCAAACGUCUGUGUAUUCUGAGUGGCCCCACUGGUGGGGUAUCACCUGGGUUUGAGUUCCUACCUGGAAGUGAGGGAGGGGCUAGGCUUGCACCAAAAGCUGUGUGCAGCGAUGAAGACGAUGCUCUCUAUGAGAAACUGGCAGCUGAGCAGUGGAGGGUGGAGUGUCUCGUUCAGCUGCUAGCUGAGCUGAAGGACAGUGAUCUCCCUGGAGGCUUCUUCCUGGAGCUACUGAAGGAGCUUACUAGCUGGGCAGUGGAGGAGGAAGAUGAAGAGAAGGUUGAGCAGGAGGGAACGGGAAGCUCAGCCUCGACCCUUCUGCAGCUGGAGGAGCGUUUGUGGGGACGCGUGGCAGGGCAGGGCCAGAGGGUGGCCUUCCUGCAGGUGCUCGCCAGCAUGUGCGAGCGCCUGUCUCACACCCAUCUGCUACGCAGGCCAGUGCAGGUGGUGGAGUUUGUCGAGGCCAUGCUGCAGAGAGCUUGCGUGGGCCUGGCCCACGGUUCUGGGGGCACGGUGGAGACCCAGUCUCUCAGCAUGGGCAUGGGUCUUGUGGCGACCAUGCUGACUGGAGCCAUGGAGCUGAGUGCAGAAGACUAUUCCUGCAUGUCACAUCUACUGCAGCCCCUGGAUCAGAUUUCCAAACAGCACCCAGAGCCGGUGAUCCAGGAGCUGGCCUCAGACCUGCGGGCCACUCUGGCCACGCAUGGGGCCUACUGUCCUGACACUGUGACCCAGGCAGCUCAUCGAUGGAAACCCACCAAAAGCAGCCAUAGUGUACCAGAAGCACACAGUAAAGACCCCCACCAAACUGUCCACAAUGUUCCUACUAAACAUAGCCAAACAGCAGCCAUGGAAAGAACGCCCACAACCCAGCCUAGUUUUGGUCCACCCAUUGACCACACGAAUUCCCGCACACCUGCCCCAGAGGUCCAGACCCCAGGGCCCAGGGCAUGUGGAUCCAGCACAGGUGAACCCCAUGAUGCUUUGCCUAGCAAGGCCUUCACCGAGUGUCUGCUGGAGGCGUGCGACCCAGACGUUCCGACCAAAGCCAUGGCACUGCGGGUGCUGACCGGCAUGGUCCGUCAGAGGGAUGCCGAGACUCUGCGGUUCCAGGAUAAAGUCCUCACGCUCUUCCUGGACAAUUUGGAACAUGACGACUCAUUUGUGUAUCUCUCAGCCAUUGAAGGGCUGGCAGUGCUGGCUGACACCUUCCCAGAGAGAAUCCUGAAGAGGCUGCUGGAGGAGUACAGAGACAGCCCAACUGAAGGUGCCACCCAGAAGGCGAGGUCACUGGAGACCCGCCUGAAAAUGGGCGAGGUGCUGAUGAGGGCCAGUCGGGCCAUGGGUGACUUGGCUCCCCACUGUGGGCACCCCCUGAUUGGAGUGUUUCUCAGAGGAACCCGAGAUGAGGACAGCAGCAUUCGCACCAGCAGCCUCUCGAACCUGGGCGAACUCUGCCAGAGGCUGCAGUUCUCCUUGGGGCCACUGGUCCAGGAGCUGAGCUCGUGUUUGACAGCUCUCAUCAAGACGGAGAAGGAGAAGGAGGUACGCAGGGCUGCUGUACAUGUCAUUGCCUUGCUGCUAAGGGGCCUAAGUGACAGAACUACACAGGUCCUUGGUGAUGUUCUGCUGGACCUUUACCGAACCCUCAAGUGGGUAGUCCGGUCUGAUUCCGAUGACGUUGCUGUGCUCCAUGCCCAGCUGGCCCUUGAGGAGCUGGACGAUGUUAUGAGGCGCUUUAUCUUCCCCGCGCAGAAGCUGGAGAAGAAGAUCGUUGUGUUGCCCUGAAAUGUUCAUGUCAACAGUCUUCUCCUAGGAGGUUUUUACUUCAAACUUGCUUCUACCAGAGACUUUUGCUCCCUGACACCAUAGGCUUUCCUCAGAAACAGGUCUUCAGAAGCACCUGAUGCCCCUCUUAAUCUGUCCACAAUUUGGUUAAUGGAUCAUCUGCGUGACACGUUGGGAUUGACUUUAAUCAAAAAGAAAUUGAUUUCAGUUCUAGAAUCCCAAGUGAAAAGUGAAGUGUUUUGAUGUUCAGUGGCACUUGAAAUUUUGCUUAAAAUUGUCUGUGCAUCCAUCCACAGCAAAUCAUGAAAUUCGUAGCUAAAUGAUCAUGAAAUUUGUACAGUAGAUGUCCCUCACAGGGAUAUUAUAAUAAUAAUGUUUUUUUUUAAGGUUUACCUUUUAGGAGGCAUUUUUGUAUUGGCUAGGCCUCAUUGGGUUUCAAAAGUUGUUAGCCAUGUCCUGAA